GUAAAAGACAUCCGACGACAAGAUCUCCCCAAUUGAGUAAUAAUUUUCUCCGAAAGCAUAUAUAGAGAGAGAGAAAAGAGAGAGAAUCCAUUUCUCUUCUAAUCUCUCUCCUCUUUAUGGAGAAUUCUCCAAUUAUAUCAUAUUUUAUAUUUCCCAAUACAAGAGACAACGUGGUGAGCAACCUCCACCACGUCCAACCAAGAGUUUGCGAGUUCGAGUCAGCCCAAGAGCAAGGUGGUAAGUUGUUGGAGGGAGGGAGCCGAGGUCGGAAACAGGCUCUCUACGCCAGGGUAGGGGUAAGUGUUAUUCAGGUUCAAAACAGAAGCAAGAAGUGUUUAAGAUUGAACCAAGAGGCAUGCUACUUUGAAGGUUGGGCUCAUCUUUUAGUACCAUAUACAAGUACAAGCCAAGUUGCAAACUCGAGUAAUUGUUAGCAAUAGCGAUUUAAGUUGCUCCCUGAUAUGUGGAGAUCUAUUUCAAAUGCCAUCACAAGCUUUGGACAGAAGAAGGAAUCUGGUGAGUCCAGUCAAGCUUGCCAUGAAUUCUCAGAUGACGACGACGAUGCCUGUUCUAAUUCCAGCACUGAGGAAGGGCUUGAAUGCCCAAUAUGCUGGGAGUCUUUUAACAUUGUAGAGAAUAUCCCCCAUGUCUUGUGGUGUGGUCACACGCUUUGCAAGAACUGUUUGCUGGGACUUAAGCCUGCUUCUAUGAAGGUUUCCACUCAACAGGUUCAGAUUCCAUUAUUCAUUUCCUGCCCAUGGUGCAAUUUGUUGACAUUUCGAUUGGCAUUCAACGGGAAUCUCAAAUUUCCUAGCAAGAACUUUUUCCUCCUCUGGAUGGUGGAAAGCCGAAAUGGUGACAGGGUGAAGUCUCCAUCUGCCAAAUGUAGGGAUCAUCAACAAGAGUGGUCCGUCCGAGGCACUGCAGUUAUGGGGAACAACACCUCUGUCAUGACCUACAGGAGGGUUCAUCGUCCAGGAUCUCCAGGGUCUAAUGCUGGUGGUUAUAACCAUACUGGUGGUACCCCUACAUUGCAGAGGGCCCACUUUUCUCUUCACAAGUCCCUUGAUUUCUUUAUUCGCCUUACAUCCAAGUUCCCAUUAGUUAUUGUGCUUCUUCUACUUGUUAUGUUUGCAAUACCCUCCUGUGCAGCUGUUCUAGCACUCUACUUAGUGAUCACAAUUCUCUUUGGACUUCCAUCUUUCCUAGUAUUGUACUUCGCAUAUCCUGCUUUAGAGUGGCUGGUCAGGGAGAUCACGGCUUGAAAUGUUCUCAUUCAAUUUGUUUGAGAAAUUCUCUGUCUAUAGCUUCCUUGACUUGGAUUGUGAAGCUGUAAUGCGCAAUACCUCUGGUUGCAUUCGUAAACAUGCCUCACCGGUGUGAUCUUAGUUCUCAUAUCAAGGAUGGUGUAAAUUUCUUGUUUAUUGUGGGAUUUAACACUUGAGUUUUUCUAGUCUCAUUGUGGACUAAUAAUAUCAGUUCACAGA